UGCGUAUUUAUACCGUAUUUGGGAAGAAAUGUCAUCCGACAGGUACAAUGUGGAUUUUUGUUUUUCAUUCUAGGUGACUUUAUGGAAUGGGUGCUUAAGAAAACAAGAAAGGAUUGAAAGUAUAUGGGAAAAUAAAUCAUGUGGUCUUCAGAAACGGGAAGAAAUGCAGCCAUCUGAAAUGGUCAUGAACCCCAAACAAGUCUUCCUCUCUGUGCUGAUAUUUGGAGUCGCAGGGCUUCUUCUCUUCAUGUACUUGGAAGUCUGGAUUGUGGAACAACAUACAGGGAGAGCAGAGAAGAAGAGAGAAGAAAAAGCACCUUUAGGAUGGGUGCCAGUAAAUUACUUGCAGCCUACACCCAGAAUCAUGACUAGAGAAAAAAUCCAGGAACAUAUCAUCAGCCAGAACCCCAAGUUCCAUAUGCCUGAGGAGCCCAAGGAAAAAAAGGAAAAUUUUCUAGUCAACUCUGAGAGGCCUACAGGAGUCUUAACGGAGAUCAGCCACUCACAAGGAAAGGAUGAAGCUUUGGGUAAAACCAUAAGGUCAUCAACAAAUAAUUUGAUCGAAAAACUUCAAGGAACAAAGGCUCUUUUCAGGAAGUUCAGCAAAAUGAAUUGGCCAUUGGAAACUAGUCCUUUAAAUAAAAGUUUAGUCAAAGACAGCAAAUGGAAGAACACUUAUGUAACCCAAGAAAAACGCAGGUCAUUCCUCCAGAAGUUUUGCAAGAAAUAUGGUGGAGUGAGUCGUCCCCAAUCACAUCUUUUUCACAUGGUAUCCAGGAUCUAUGUAGAAGAUAAACACAAAAUCUUAUAUUGUGAAGUACCAAAGGCUGGUUGUUCCAACUGGAAAAGAGUUCUGAUGGUGUUGAAUGGAUUGGCCUCCUCUGCAUACAACAUCUCCCAUGAUGCUGUCCACUACGGAAAGCACUUGAAAAAGCUAGAUAGCUUUGACUUAAAAGGGAUAUAUACUCGCUUAAAUACCUACACCAAAGCUGUGUUUGUUCGUGAUCCCAUGGAAAGAUUAGUGUCCGCAUUUAGGGACAAAUUUGAACACCCAAAUAGUUAUUACCAUCCGGUAUUUGGGAAGGCAAUUAUAAAGAAAUAUCGGCCCAAUGCCUGUGAAGAAGCAUUAAAUAAUGGAUCUGGAGUCAAGUUCAAAGAGUUCAUCCACUAUCUGCUGGAUUCCCACCGGCCAGUAGGAAUGGACAUACACUGGGAGAAGGUCAGCAAACUCUGCUAUCCAUGUUUGAUCAAUUAUGAUUUUGUAGGAAAGUUUGAAACUUUGGCAGAAGAUGCCAAUUACUUUUUACAGCUGAUUGGUGCUCCAAAAGAGCUGAAAUUUCCAAACUUUAAGGAUAGGCACUCUUCUGAUGAAAGAACCAAUGUUCAAGUCGUGAGACAGUAUUUAAAGGACCUCACCAGAACUGAGAGGCAGUUAAUUUAUGAUUUUUAUUACUUGGACUAUUUGAUGUUUAAUUAUACAGUGCCAUUUUUGUAGUUUGCAUUCAUUUUCUAGAACUAUGUAUUUACUAAUGAUGAUGGCCUCAAAUCAGCUACUGUAACUUUACUGUAAUACUCUGCAUAAGAGAUAUUUAACAAAGUGCAGUUGUCCUAAUUUAAUGAGGAUUUUACCAAAUAGUGUGACACCAACUGAUACAAAUUUAUAGGAAAAUGACCUAAAAGAGACAUGUAAACAAUUUCAGUUGCUCUAAAAUGUUUAGAAAAGAGCUGCUUUUGCAUUAUGGAUUGUACUGUAGAAGCAAUAACCUAGCCAGCUGUUACAUUAGCUAAAACAGCCUCUUGCAAUGGUAGGAAGAAGGAUCUAAAAUAGCAUGAGUGUAUGUCUAUAUCCAGGAAUUCGUUGUCUAAAGUGCAUGAAUAUAUAUUUAACAGUCUGUGGACUAUUAAUCAAACCAGUGCGUAAGUUUCUAAUACCCUGGAAAUUUAUCAACUGUAAUGAUGAAUCAAUUUUGAACUGGUAUUUUGGACCUAGGCAUUUUAAUUUCGAUUGGAAGAUAUUAUGUGAUUUACAAUAUGAGAACAUAACAGAAAAACCAGAUGAGGCUACAGCUUUUUAUAUUCAACAGCCAAUAAAAAAUGCACAACAUGCUGAGAUCAAAGCAA